AUGUGUAAUCGGGAGAACUUUAAUGCACUCGGACAUUUAGCCCGCAAGUUUGGCUUAACCGACACCUGUGAAUGUGAUGCAAAGUCUUUCUUAUCAUUUCCUUAUAUCGAGUAUCAUCCUUUGUCCCGCAAACAGGCAGAGAUACAACGACGAACCAAAGCUUUAGAGAAUGGAAUUCGUAUCACGAAGUGGAAUCUUGGGCUCCCGGACAACAGGUCCAUCUCUGCUGACGAUGCUGACCCAGGUUCUUCAAUGUUUAUCGAUACAGUUGAGCGCUCUGUCUCAAGUCGCGCGCCUGACCUCGAUGUGAUGAUCAGUCCUGCUCCGACUGCAGAUACUUACUGUUUGGCCCCUGAGUUUGAAGCAUUGCUAGAUGAGCUUCAAAAUUCUGGAAGGAUCAUAAAGCGUACGAAAUUUUAUCAUAUCAGUACGGCUGCAGACCCGAAGCAGCAAAGAGAUAACGAAAUCAUCAUGGCGCGCCAUUUCAAACAGUACGAGGAUCCCGAUUUAUCUGGCACUAUCCGAGAACUCGACCCCAAGAACAACGUCUGCAGUUUCUUUCUUCGCCGCGAGUACAAGGAAAGAUACAAAUACAACUUCAACGAGCUCGAAGCUGAUAACUUCCACGACUGGCACUGGCUGCCUCUCCUUAGGCAAGGGGACACUCUAGCCGGUGCCAUAGAGGUCCUUUGCAUAAGUGACCAAAAGGUGCGCGGUAUGAUUCACAACGUCAAAGAUCCCAUCUUUGAAGAUCGCGCUGCACUAUUGAAAGCGCUGGUUUCCGCAUCUUGGCAUGGCGAUCAUGCAAUGUGGAUGGGGUUGUGCCCUUACGGUUGGAUCGACAUGGCUUCUGGAUUUCUGGCGUACCCGUCCAUAAACAACGCUAGAGAUGCCUCCCUUCCUUUCAACUUUUAA